AUGAUCGAAACCCGCAAAACUUCCAUGGAGGCAAAGCAGCUGGCCAUGACCGAUCUGUUUGAGGAUAGCAGAGACGGUGUCCAGUCCAAGGGAUACUGGAAAAUGGGUCUUUGCUUCAGGUCCGGAGACAUCACGGAUGAGUUGGCUCAAAUCUUUAGAGACACGGACAGUGAGGGGGAAUUUGAGGGUUUCUCCGAGGACGACUCUGAAAGGAGCAAAUCUGUGACUUCGGCGUCUGACAAAGACCGUGACGACAUCGGAUUUUAUUCCGACGGUGAGGAGCCAGCGUCGAAAAAGCAGCGCAAUUCUGGGCUGUGUGUCGCGUUAAAGUUUCCUACCAAAACAAGCCCCGCCCAUCAAUGGAAAGUGGCUAAACAAGGCAUCAAAGAAACCCCGCCCACAGCCCCGCCCAUCGGCAGCAAGUCUGCUGGGAGAAACGGGAAGCGCAAGCCAGGACAAACAAAAGAGCUUGUUUUACUUGACCGUAAACGCACCGAGAGACGGUCCAAACCGUCUGAUACUAGAACCAAUGUUGAGAGUCUACUGACGGAUGAAGAAAUGCAAAUACUGAGCAAAAGAGCCAAAAACAUUGAAGAAAAUAAAGCAAUGCUUGCAAAACUAUUUGCAGAUUUGAGUGCUUUACCUGAACCUCCUCCCAAAAUAACACCUACAAAGAAAAAGAAGCCGUCCACUCCAAAACGUUGCUUAUCGGAGGUUCAGAAUGAGAGACGGAACCCAAGCCGCAAGGCGAGACCUCCAGAACAUUUCGGGUUAGAAGUGGAGGAGAAAUCAGCCCCCCAUAAAAGAGAGAUCAACAAAAUCGACAUCCAGCGCUUGAUGGAGGUCCAGGAGGGUCUCAGAGACGUCAGACCCAUACAGAGGAAGCGGCGUUCUCGUCAAUCCAUCCGUAUGCCUGAGGACAUUACCGAAGAAGAACUGGAGAACGUGGCAGAUCGCGCAAAAGAUAAAAUCCUUGACAAAGAUUAUGGCAGCACGUGUCAUCAGUGUCGUCAAAAGACCCUCGACACGAAGACUGAAUGCAGGGGCCUGUACUGCCAGGGGGUCAAAGGUCAGUUCUGCGGCCCCUGUUUGCGCAACCGCUACGGAGAAGACGUCCGCACGGCACUUCUCGAUCCUUCGUGGGAAUGCCCCAUCUGUCAAGGCGUCUGCAACUGCAGUCUGUGCAGGAAGCGGGACGGACGCUGUGCUACGGGCGCUCUCACAAGAUUAGCCAAAUAUUACGGCCACGACAACGUAAAGGAGUAUUUAGAGAGCCUACAGAAGAACGGUGAGUAAAAGUGGAUCAUCUGGCCUCCUUGUGAUACUGCAACACUUCUGAUGUUUUACUGUCGACUCUUUUAAAGUUUAGCAUGAAGCACAGAUAUGCAAAUCAGUAGUUUUUUACACUUCUCGGUUUCAUUCCGAUGAAUUUAAGUGAAUGAUAUCUUGCAGAUCAUACAAAUGCCAUGAAAGCAGGUAAAAGAUGUUUAUGUUAAGAUCACAUACUGUUCUCUCAUUUGCACCGUUUGUGUUUUUGUCUCU